CCUGUCCUCGUCCAUCGUUAGCUCCAAUCGAUCAGCCAAUCAGCCGUUUGCCUUGCGCUUCCAGUGCUCUCGUCUUCUCCAUUCUUCUCCGCUCCCCAGAGUCCAAACCAAAUCGCAAACCCUACUUGAACUACGCUUCUCUGGUCCUAACCAAAACACACCAGAGGCGGCAGAGGAGUGCUGCCGGACGAGCGGGGGAGUCGCCAAAAUGCCCGCCGCCUCCUACCUCCUCCUACCCCUGCUGCUGCUCUCCGCUUCGACCGCUGCCGGCGCGGCGGCGGCUGCUGCUGCCACAGCCGGCGCCGAGAACCUAUCGGCGUACGAGGCGCUGUUCGAUGCGUGGUGCGCGGAGCACGGGAGGUCCUACGCCACGCCCGAGGAGCGCGCGGCGCGGCUCGCGGCGUUCGCGGGCAACGCGGCCUUCGUGGCGGCGCACAACGCCAACGCCGCCUAUUCGUCCAGGUCCUACACGCUCGCGCUCAACGCCUUCGCGGACCUGACGCACGACGAGUUCCGCGCCGCGCGCCUCGGCCGCCUCGCCGUCGGUCCAGAAGGGGCGGCGCUCGGGCACGGCGGCGGCGUGUCGUACCGGGGCCUCGGCGGCGGCGGCGGAGCCGUCCCCGAUGCGGUGGACUGGAGGCAGAGCGGCGCGGUCACCAAGGUCAAGGACCAGGGCAGCUGCGGUGCUUGUUGGAGCUUUUCUGCUACAGGUGCUAUGGAAGGAAUAAACAAAAUCAAGACCGGCUCUCUGGCCAGCCUUUCUGAACAGGAGCUAAUUGACUGUGACAGAUCCUAUAAUAGCGGUUGUGGUGGUGGCCUCAUGGAUUAUGCUUAUAAGUUCGUGAUUAAAAAUGGUGGAAUUGAUACGGAGGAUGAUUACCCCUAUCGUGAAGCAGAUGGAACAUGUAACAAGAACAAGCUUAAAAGACGAGUCGUUAAAAUUGAUGGUUACAGUGAUGUACCUUCCAACAAUGAAGACUUGUUACUCCAGGCUGUUGCCCAGCAACCUGUUAGUGUAGGAAUAUGUGGCAGCGCUAGAGCAUUUCAGCUAUACUCUCAGGGUAUCUUUGAUGGUCCAUGUCCAACAUCUCUCGAUCAUGCUGUGUUAAUCGUGGGUUAUGGUUCUGAAGGUGGCAAGGAUUACUGGAUUGUGAAAAAUUCGUGGGGUGAACGUUGGGGAAUGAAGGGCUAUAUGCAUAUGCAUCGAAACACUGACAAUUCCAAUGGUGUCUGCGGUAUAAACCAGAUGCCAUCAUUUCCUACAAAAACAAGCCCGAAUCCUCCUCCUCCACCAAGCCCAGGUCCAAUGAAAUGCAGCGUGCUUACCUACUGCCCUGAAGGAUCCACCUGUUGUUGCUCCUGGCGCAUCUUGGGAUUUUGCCUUUCCUGGAGCUGCUGCGGACUAGACAAUGCAGUUUGCUGCAAGGAUAACCAUUAUUGCUGCCCCCAUGACUAUCCUAUUUGUGAUACAGUUCGCAAUCAGUGCUUAAAGGCCAAGGGCAACUUAACUGGUAUAGAAGGAAUUGGGAGGAAACAGUCUUUCUCUAAAGUUCCUUCUUGGAAUGGUUUGUUGGAACUGCUGGAUCAAUGAUCAUAUAAUCAGUGAUGGAUGGAAGAUCUCAGCAAGCUCUUGUACAAGCAGUAGGCCUAGUCUAGCUGCCUUAUCCCUGCCGUCUUCUUGCAGACUCUAGCUCUAAGUUGGUUGUCUUGCACAGAGAUGUUCAGAUUUGCCAUGUAUUUGUGAACCAUACUCUGGAGUGAAAUACAUGAUUGUACAUGUCAGACUUGUUCUAGCCUAUCAAUUUAUUAGAGAGCCGCUGCACGGAUGAUUUCGUUUCGCUGAAUUUGUACCACAAUUGAGGACCAGACCUAAUAAAUAUAUUUGUGUAAAGUGUACUUCUCC